AGCUGAGGGAGGACAGGAGAAAUGGGGAGAAAGAAGGGAACCGUGGAGUUCGAUGAAUCGCCGCCGGACGGGUACGAUCCGGAGAAUCCGUACAAGGAUCCGGUGGUGUAUUUCGAUAUGAGAGAGUAUCAGGUGAGGGAGAAGUGGAUUGACAUAGAGAAAGCCAAGAUCUUGAGAGAGAAGCUUAAGUGGUGUUACCGCAUCGAAGGUGUCAACCACCUCCAGAAGUGCCGCCACCUUGUUCAGCAGUACCUCGACGCCACCCGUGGUAUCGGUUGGGGCAAGGACGGCCGUCACCCGUCCCUCCACGGUCCUAAAGUUGAAGCCGAGUCGGAAUGAGCCACCCUGCGUGGAUUGUUCAAGUUGUGCUUUCUUUCUGCAGGUGACUGAAAUGGCCAUCUGAUAAUUGCUUAAAGCAGAGGGAUAUUGGAACCUGCCUAUUUAUCAGUUUAGUUUCUUUGCUGUUAAUUGUCUUAUGCUUCAAUGGUUUUCCCCUCAUUCUUGUUAUAUCCAGAUGCCGGAUGUUAUUGGCUUUGGUUUGGAUAUUAGAUCUUUUUGCUUGUUAGCAUCCAGAAACUGAUAAUGAUUUGAACCAAGGCAAUGAAUCCAAAGAUAUCCUUCUAUGAAAUAAGUUACAGCUUGUGAUUUGUUCCUUGUUGAUAAUGAAUGGCAUCUUUUAUGCAA